AUGAGAGCUUCUGUCAAUGAUAAAACUCAAGUGGAGAAAUCAAAAAGGAUCAAGAAAAGAAAAUAUCAAAACAUAAUAGAGCAAAGAAACGAUUUUAAACUUCUAGAAGAAAUACAAUGUAAAUUCAUUUCUAACGAGAAAGUUGUUGAAGGGGACUGUACUUAUACGGAAGAGAAAAACCAGCAAUCAGAAGAAGAACCGAGAAAGUUCUCUGAUACUGAUGAAUUUACAAGAAGAAUAGAAGAAGCAGAGGCUGCUCUUAAGAGCCUUUCUGGAAAUAUUGAUGAACUUCAAGAUGAUGAGGCAGAUGACAAUCCAAUGUUUGAAAACUUGUUUGAAAAGAAAGACGAGUCUAAAGAAAGUACGAAAUGGAUUCAUCAUAAUAGUUCGUGGAAAGAAGUUAUUUCUUUGAGUUUUUCUUCAAAUUCUUGCUGUAGUAGCGAGCGAUCAAGUACACACUCCCCAACAACAUGUGCUGAAACAGGGUUUAAAGGAAUUAGAGACAGAGAAGUGGAUUCUGUUGUUAAGAUAAACAAUGUUUACCCUUUGAGCUCAAAUUCAGAUUUUAUUCAAACACCAACAUUUCUAUCUCUCGAAGAUCCUGAUAUUUCUCUUCAGAAUUCACUUUUAAAGAGUGGAAAAGAAAACGUUACUGAUGUUGAAAAUUGUUUACAGACUGAGAAUGAGUGUGCUUGUAUUCACUCGUACGUUGGGGAGUCGCUAGUGAAAGAAGAAGACCUUGGAGAUUUGGGGUUUAAUGACGAAAAACUUCAUUUUCAAAGUAAGGAACCUUGUAUCUUCGAGAAUCUUAGAAACGAAAGUCUUUGCUUCAAAGACAAACCAGCUUCUACAAAGCGUGGCAGUAAAAUAUCAAAUUCGAAGAUUAUUUCCAGUUCUUCAGCUCAGCUUUAUGAAGAGAACAGUCUGAACUUAACAUAUGGCAACAAUAAACAUCUGGACACAGGAGUAAAACCUUUCUGUAAUAGUUCGUUUGGGCACAAGAUCUUAAAACGAUGUACUUUAGAUAAACAAAAUAUGACUGACAUUGACCUGGAACAUGAACAAAAAUAUGCUGAUGAUGCAAAGUUUUAUAGAAAAUACAAUAGUUUCCUGGAGACAGCCGCACUGAAUAAACCCAGUAAAGAAAACAAUAAAGAAAGCUACUUGCACCUUAUUCCUGACGACCACUGUCCACUACUGAUAGAAGACAGUCAUUUUUCCAAAGAGAUAAGUACAUGUUCAUCAGCAAUUGGUUCUAUAUCUUCUAAUUUAACUCAAGCAGAAUUAUGUUGGUCUUCAUCUCCAAAAAUAUCAUUCUAUUCGUUUUCACCAGAUGAUCCCGUAUCUUUAGAUAAUCAUCCAAAAGAGGAUCAAGGUAAUAGUUCAAAACAUGACAUUGUGGAACAUGCAGUAGGACUAUUGUCGCAGCAGUAUAGUCUCUCCAACUCUUCUGGAAGAGAAACAGUCUAUCCAGAAGUAAUAUCGAAGAAAGAUUCGGCCGUUAAAUGUUACAUCCCAGGAUGCAGUGGUCGAGAUCACAUGAACAGUAGUAGAUCUUCACACCGCAGUAUUUCUAGAUGUCCAAUUGCCACUGAAGAAGGGUUACUACAAAAAGGAAAUGAAUCUUUAACGAUGAAGACACAAACAAUAAAAGAUAGAGACUCAAGCAAGCUUAAUCCACGCUCGUGCUACUCAAAAGACACGAAAGUGAUGAGUGUGUUUGACGAACCUCGUUCCUCAAGUCACGCGGCGAGAAAGUUUGAAAAAUUCGAUAACAAGUACAGUGAUAUGGACUUUCACCUUGGACAUGGCUAUCUGAAACCGAAUUACUUCGAUAUGGAAAAGACAGAAAAGCCGGUAAAACAUGAAAGAGGUUUCAGAAGUAUUGCUCAAACAUCACCCAAAGAGAUGUCGUUUCCUCCUUACCAACAAUUUCCAGAACAAACAGAACCUGUAGAUUUCAGCACCAGGACAGAUGUCAUGGCAACAGAUUUACCGAACACAAAACCAUCAUUAUCGCAAAUAUCCUCCCACUACCGAUCACAAAACCCAUCAGUGAUGGCUUCAUUUUGCUCAACUUCUGAAACACUUUCCUCCCCACCUUCUUCUAAAUGCUCAUUUUUUGGAAAAGAGUGUUCGCGUUCCCCAUUUGUUGCAGGUAAUGUUAGAGAUACAAAAUCGUACAUUUAUGAAACGACGCCGAGUGAUGGACAAAACUCUACUCAGAGUCAAAAGUCUACACCUGUGUUUUCCUGUGAGAGAAUGAUCUCAAAUUAUAAUUUCGGCGUUAGCAGUCCUGAAGCACGUACCAUAAUCAGUGAUGUUAUGGAUGAAAACAGGAUCAUUCAGGAUAGAUUUCCAAGUUAUGUCAGUUCUUACAACCAACCAGUCUCCGAUUUAAUGAUGGAAACGUGGGCUCCUGCUCCUCUGACAACCUCAGAAACCUUAUCGAUGCAACCAAUUAACCAGUUGCAGAUCGUUUCAUCGUCAUCAACUCCCAGCUUUUAUUCAUCAUGUUUUGGUUCUACAGCCCGUUCUUUGCCCACAUCUCCCACUAGUAGAGUAGAUACCUCAACUAAUGGAACUUUGUACUCGCAUCCUGGUAGAACAUCGUCCAGAUCGCUUCCAACCUCACCUAAUCCCUCGACGCAAAUUUCGACGUGUAGAAAUAGUCAAAAGAUGGACCAUCAGAGGACUCAUGAACCAUUUGUAGUAAACACUCACUUGUUUGAUCAUAAAGCUUCAUAUAGAGGAUCCCCCACACACAAAACAGUUCCGGUCAGGAGGCAAGAAGGAAAGGAACUGAUUCAAUGUCCAAUACUAGGGUGUCAUGGUGUUGGCCAUGUUUCUGGAAAAUAUACUACACAUAGAAGUCUCUCAGGGUGUCCUCUUGCCGACAAAGACCAAUUAAAAAGUCAACGUCACGAGUUAAGUUGCCCGACUCAUGGAUGUGAUGGCUCUGGUCAUGUGACAGGAAAUUACUCUACUCAUCGUAGUCUGUCAGGUUGUCCACGUGCCAAUCGACCUAACAAAGUUUCUGUGUUGAGAGAAGAAAAGACCCAUGGCAACAUAUACCGAGUGUCAGGUUGCCCAAGUCUUAGUAAGGGUAUAGUCAAGUAUCAUCACGAACCUUUAACUUCAAGUAGAAGAAUCAUUAAACCAGAAGGAAGUAGUUGCCCCACUCCUGGCUGUGAUGGUAGCGGUCACGUGACGGGAACUUUCCUUACUCACCGAAGUUUAUCAGGGUGUCCUCGUGCGGUCCACCGCGGGAAGAGACCAAAAUUUCCAGUUGAGCCUUGGAUAUCACCACCAGGAGGUACUACAGAUUAUAUCUCCGGGUCAGCUCUCAGUGAGGUGGGAAUGGCGAGAGGAAAUGCUGCAACUCAAGAAAACGGGAAUCAACGAGAACUGGGAAAAAAGUUCAACAUCCAUCUGUACAAUGCUAAAGUGGAGUCGGAAAUGAGAAGCCUUCAAUCCCAUAUAUCCUAUUUAGAAGAGAAGGUUCGAAUCGCCCAGAUGGACAAUCAAGACCCGGACCAGAAAUCAAUGUACUUGACGAAGCAUUACGAAUCUCUUCGCAACAAUUUCAUGUCAUUGUUGGAUCGUGUUCGCUUGUCAAACUUCACCGACAGAUCAACUGUAGAAUAUAAAGGACGUAAACUUAACCCUAUGUACACAAAUCAGGCCAAAGAAAAUAGGCAGACCGGUUUUUACUCUGCGAAACAGGCUUCUCAGAACUCGAACGUUACAACAUAAGUAUAUGCUUAACCAAGUUAGAAGCAACGGGUUCUUCUGAGCUCAAUACCAGCAUGACAGAGGAUGGAUAAAAUUCUAAGUUUCGAUUUCCUCAAUGAUAUCCUUUGUGUGAGAAAUGAUCAGUUAAAAUUAUUUUGAUCCAAUGAUGAAGACGUGCAGCGUAAUCAUAUAAUUUCAUUUUUUCAGUGCUCACGCCAGGAUUAUUGUGAUUUAUGUGAAAAGAGUGGAAAUUAUUCACAGUAGCUUCAAACUCUUCAAAGUCCAAAGCAUUUUUUUUCUCCAUGAGAACGAAAAACAGGGAUUAGUUUUAUAUUACUUUUAGUACGUGCUUUUAAUAAUAUAUAUUUAUAAUGGGGUUACAAAUUUAUCUGUGAAUGUAAACGGUAUAUUCUGUAAAGGAAUAAACAGUAAAUCGAAUUUUUGCUUUUAUGCUAUACUUGUAAUUUAAAGCUACUGUCUUUGUUUCAGUCUAAGUACGCAUUACAAAUGUCUUUCGCAUUUAAGAUGAGGUGUGAGAUGUAUGUAUACGAAUUGUUUUUAUGUAAGUUAGGUAUGUAGUCGUUGAUGGCAUGUACUUUAUUAUAAUUACAUAAGUUAUCGUAAUGGUCCCAUUAAAAGCACCACUUCAUAAGUUAUCGUAAUGCUUCCAUUAAAAGCACCACUUCAUAAGUUAUCGUAAUGGUCCCAUUAAAAGCACCACUUCAUAAAUUAUCGUAAUGGUCCCAUUAAAAGCACCACUUCAUAAGUUAUCGUAAUGGUUCCAUUAAAAG